CGCGCCCCCGCCGUCCGCCCUGCGCCCCGAGCCGCCGGGGCGCCCGAAGCCCAAGGGGGGCGGCCCCUCGGCGGAGCCAGGGCCGGGCAGCGGGGGCCUCCGCGGUGCGGCGGUGACCGAUCGGCCCCGGCCCCGGCGGGGCGGACCGCGAGGCACCCCUUUCCGAGCCCAGAGGCCGAGCUUUUCAGCAGUCACCUCUUUACUAAGUCUCCUCCAUUUGCUCUCUCCCCUCAGGGAUUCUGUUACCGAUGGCGGCCACGAAAAGGCCGAGCUAUGAUGAACAUUUCAGGCCGGAAAAAUUAAAAGAAUGGCCAGAACCCGAGUCAGUUGCUUUAAUGGAGGCAUUAGCUAGAGAAGACAUUGAUGAAGCUGUAAACACAAUAUUAUUGAGAGAAAAUUAUGUCGUGACGGAAAUUAUAUUUGGAGACUUUUAUGAUCCUGAAGUAUACAAUCCUUUUAAUAUGAUGAAAAAGGAUCCAAAUUAUGGAAAGGUUACAGUCCCACCAUUUUGUGAUCCUCUGUUUAGAAGGCAGCAAGAGCUGGAUGAAGAGAAGAGAGCUAUUUUUCAAUAUAAGACAGGAAAACAAUACACCUCAAAAGACUUUAAAGAACUAGAGAAGGCCAGGGUGGAUGCCAGACUGCCCCAGUUCAUGUCCACUGCACACAGCGUGAUUCCAAAAAAGCGGCCUAAAGCCUCUGCGAGAGCUGUGAGGCAGAAGCCUCCGAGUAAAUACAGGUUCUAGGAACCAGACGGCCCAGACCCCGAUCCUGGGCAGCUGGGGAAGGCCAGCGUAGAUGGGGGUCCCAGCCUGUGGAAAGAAGAGUGAUGACGGCAGAGGUCCUGGCCCAGCACCUGACCUCCCUGCAGACGGGGGCCAGGCAAGGCAGCCAGGAGCCGGUCCAGCUAUAAGGAGGCCAUUUGUAAUAAAGCUUCGCUGAACUGUGUGCAGUCUGCAGCAUCUAUACAAUGGGCAAAAUACUGCCAAUAUGUUUUGUCUCUCCAGAAAUGGAAAGAUAUUGCAAGAAAUAUCCAAAUAAUAGCUAU